AUGGAGCCACAAGAAGGACUGUUGCGACGCUCGUUGCGUCGUAUGAAUCCUUUCAAAACAAGAAUUUUUCGACUUCCCGCAACACCUCGACUAACAAGAAGCAGAAAAAUUGGUUCUGGAUGUGAAGAUGCAACCGGGUGGAACUUUGAGAGAACUCAAUCAUUGCGAGACCGAGUCGCACCAAAUCCCGCUCGACUCGACCCACCAACCUCUCCUCGUUUCAAGACUAUCUUGAGCUCUGAUUCUCUAUCAAGAGCAAGUUCUUCAGCUGAUUAUCAAUGUGUUUCGGAGAGUUUUGAUCUUCGCCGACCUCCACGUGGCCAUGAUGCGUCACCGCCACCGGAUCCAAUCCAAGCAGAAACAUCGAUCGCUCGCCAUAUGCACAGCCUCCUUUCGACACAAGAAAGAAAUAUGAAAAGAACGCAAAGAAUUCGAGAGAAAAGCCCUGGACAAAGUGCUUUUCUUCAACUACCAAUCACAAAAUAUACAGCUGAUGGACAAAUAUCAGAAGCGUUUUGGGAAAAUGAGUGCUCAAUUUCACCAAAUAUUUCAACGAUUUCAUUGCUCAACGUAAAUACGAAUCCACGUGUACAGAGCAUUCGAAGUGGCUCAACGUCGGUAGGCCGAAGUCCCUCACUUCGUUCAACAUAUCCAAUCAAUGGACUCUUCAAUCGAUCCACAACUCUUACAACAAAAGACAGAACAAUUCAAAACAAUCUGCCAACAUCUUUGUUCACACUCAAUGAGUUUUAUUCGGAAGCACAACUUGAAGAACCAUUUCUUGGUCGAGAAUGGGUGUUCAGGGAGUUAUAUGAACAUUCGGUGAUGGAGAAAACCCCGAUCGUUUAUAUUGAAGGUGGAAGAGGAGCCGGGAAAUCGGCGAUUAUCAAUCAAAUCAUUAUGCAUUCGUCUUUCUACAAACGACAAGCGUCAGACACAUUAGACAGUGGUUGCGAGCCGGAUGCUCCUCACUAUGAAUGGCUGAAAGCUGUGGCUGCUCGUCUCGUCGCUUAUCACGUGUGCUCAAUUCAAAGCGCUUCUUCAUGCUCAAUCCCAGAGUUUGUUUGCAAUUUGGGAGCCACUUUGGCUCGAUCUCCGGUUUUAAGAAGCUAUGCUGAUAUUCUUUCAAAAAACACGAAUUUACAAGAGUUGCUAAAGUUGGAUGAAUGUUUACGUGUUAGCCCGAAAGUCGUUUUUCAAAAAGCAAUCGCCGAACCACUUAGCCAAUUGGCAUCGAGUGAUGAGGGUUGUCUCGUGAUUCUCAUCGAUGGACUAGAUGAAGCCGAAUUUCAUCGAAGUGAAGCAGGGCAUUCAAUCGCUCGAUUCCUAGAAGAAAUCUACAAGUUAUUGCCUUCAUGGAUUCGUCUGAUCCUCACCGCAGACACUGAUAUCCCAACUAAACUGAAAGGAUUCCCCUCGAAGAGUGUGAAAAUCGACGACUCACAACUGGACGAAAGAGUAAUGAGAGAUACGAGAAUGUUAGCAGAGUACAGAGUGUCUGUAUGUGGAGAGAGUCUUCGGUCAUUGAGAAGAACCUCAUCAUCGACUUCUGAUCCUCUCAAUGAUUUUAUUGAUCACAUCGUUUCUCAAUCUUGUGGGAACUUGAUGUAUGUCUCCUUGUUGCUCUCGCUGGCUGAAUCUGAUCUCAUACGUUUAAAAGCAUUGACUUCAGCUCUCUUACCUACCGAUCUUGAUGAACUAUACCUGUUAUAUUUCAACCUUACAUUCAACUCUUUGAAUCUCUUCUCUCGAUGUGCUCCAAUACUUUCUGUCUUGAUGGCUUCACUCAAGUGUUUAACCAUUCAAGAGAUGACCUCAAUACUUAAUAUUUCUGGAACCGAGAUUACUGAAGAUGAGAUUAAUUCUAGAAUCAGUCACUUAACCCCGUUUGUUUCACAAUCAUCUACCGGGAAACUCUCAUUGCGUCAUGCAAGCUUUCGUGAAUGGUUGCAUCGAAGUAGAGGCCAAUGCAGAUACACUGUUGAUCCAAGAGAGGGCCACCUUCUUCUAGCGGUUUGGCUGGCUCGAAAGGGUGGUCUCUCAUCGACUGAACUUUUCGAUCUCGCACAUCAUCUUUUAAAAUCGAAUCCACACAAAUACUUCCCAAAGCGCCCGUUCCCUGAGCUUGCCAUUUCGCGUGACUGUCAAAUUGCUUGGCUCGAAACAGCGGCAGAAAACAUUCAAACAGUUCUGCUCAAUCAUCGAAACAUUUUGUAUCCAAAUAUCAAAGUAAGCCGCUUGUUGCUUCUCUCGGGUGCAUUAGCGAACCCAGUUCCCGCGGGUGCGUGUAAAGAUUCGCUUCUUACGCUAGCUGCGAGUGCCGGGGAUCCGUCACUCGUUUCUCUUCUCAUUCAAUAUGGAGCUGAAGUGAAUCCAUCUACAGGUUCACUUCCAGUGGUGGGAGCAUCAGGAGGUGGGCAUAUCGAUGUGGUGCAACUCCUUCAUCAGCAUGGAGCUCUGCAGGGAGAGGCUGCUUCUCUAGCCAUCAUGGAAGCAUCUAAAUACGGGCAUCUGAAUGUGGUAUCUUUUCUAUUUGAAUGUGAUUGGCACGAUGUCGAAGCCAAACACAUCACUAAACAAUCCGCUUUAGAAGAAGCAGCCAAGAGUGGAAGUCUUCAAAUUUGCGAAUAUCUAAUCGAUGGAGCUGAGCCUCACUCAAUGAAACUCGACUCGGCACUUAAAGCUGCCUGUCUUGGAGGACGUGCAGAUGUUGUGCAAUUCUUUCUUUCUAGGGGCGUUCGUCUCUCUUCUAUGUUUUUAACUAUCGAUCAAUCACCUUUAUUAUGUGCCGUUGAAAGCGGUAGCUGGGAUCUUGUGGUUGCUGUUUUAUCCCAACCGGAUUGUAAUUUUCAUGGAAAGAAUAAAGAAGGGCAAACAUCUUUGCAUCGAUCGGCCAUCAAAGGACAUGUUGGUUUAAUGGACCUUUUGAUUAAAAAAGGGCUUGACAUUGACGCAUCCGAUUUAAAUGGAUGGAAUCCUCUAAUGCACGCCAUAGCCAACAAUCAUCUAUCUUGUGUUCAGCUAUUGUUGGAUAAACAAGCCAAAUUAGACUUGACGAACGAGGAUGACGAGGGAGUGAUGCACGUGGCUGCCCGCUAUGGGAAUCGGGGAAUAAUGGAAUGUCUUCUCAGCACAGGGAUCAGUAUUGAAGAUAAAGAUGCAAAAGGAGAUCAUCCAAUUGAAACUGGAAUACGGGCAAAAAAUACGAGUGCUGUGGCAGCAAUGUUGAGACGAGGGGCGCGACUGCGCUCAAACACAUGGCUUAUCGCCAAGUCAUACCAUCCUCAAUCACUUGUAUCUCUUUUAAAGAAAUUACUCGAUGACGCAGCUUUAUUGUACAAAAAGAAGAAAAUCGAUGCGGCACUUGAAAGGCUUUGCUAUGCACAAGAGAAAUGCGACUCGCUGUUUGUUAGUGAGACUCCCGAGGAGAUAAUCGAAGAGCUUAAAUCAAUUAAAUGGCAGAUCCUGCUGGCUUUAUCAAGACUCAAAAGACGUCAAGGAGCCCUGAGUGAAGCUAUUCAAAUGUGUGAAGAAGCCGCUAUAAUUUCAGACUCAGAUGACGCGCUAUUUGAAGUGAUUCUUUUUCGUGCUAAAUGCCAUUUUGACAAUCAUGAUUUAGAGAGAGCAAGAUGUGAUGCAAAGGUCGCACUGCAAUUAAGUGCUAUGAAUGAAGAGGCGAAACAACUCUUAGCGACCCUCACUUUACCACCAACGAGUCUUUAUAAAGUA